AUGGACGAGGAGGAGCUCAUGAAGAAGAUACGGGCGCUGGAGGAGGGCCAGGCGGAGCUCAAGCGGGAGGUGUCCAAGCUCCACGAGCUGCGGACGGAGCACUGCGGCGGCGGCACGCAGAGCCAGCAGGCCGCCGACUCCCCGCCGCUCCGCCCCCCCGCGCGCCGCGCCGCCGGGCUGUCCCGCCGCCACCACGCGAUGGUCAUGCGGUCGCUGGGCCAGGCCGUGCACGUCCUUGACCUCCAGGGGAAGAUCCUCUACUGGAACCAGAACGCCGAGCAUCUGUACGGCUAUUCUUCAGCAGAAGCUGCUGGUCAGGACAUCACGAGAUUGAUCGUCCACCCUGAUGACAUCCCUUCCUUGAACAGCAUCAUCGGGAACAUAUUCACGGGGAAAUGCUGGAGGGGCAACUUCCCUGUGAAGAACAAGUCAGGGGAGCGGUUCUUUGUGGUCACCGACGCCACUCCUCUGCACGACGAUGAUUGCAGCUUGAUGGGCCUUGUCUGUCUCUCAGAGGACACACGAACGUUGAGGGAGCUGAUCGAUCCUUCAACCUCAGGAGCUUACUACGCAAAGUAUUAAUUUCUUGCACACUAUUAAUUUUUUUAAAAAAGAUCCUGCUUUUAUGCGACAACGAUGAACAGCAAGCAGUAUAUUACUGAGGGGGUAGAAGAUUCGAUGGUAUACAAGGAAUUGCCCAAAAAAUUAAAGAAGGUUCAUUGGUACCUUGUGUUUCUGAUUAAACAGAAGAUUGAGUUGAGUUAAGAUUUUCUUUUCUGGUUUUCUUCAAGUUAUGUCGUAGCGUAUUAUUUUUUUGGAAUAGCAAUACAGCUUCCAAGGUUGUAUUACAAGCAGAGCUUUAUGUAACAUGCUGACGGAUUGGACAAUGCAAACCCAGAGCCAAGGCAU